CUUUUUGCUUGCACUCUGUUUGCACUUGAUUCCUUCGUGGUCUGGGUGUUGCUCUUUGCCGUUGCAAUUUUUUACGCCUUCAUCGUCAACUGAAAAGUUGAAUCAUGUCUGCAAGAGGAGCACGAUUGGAGUAUGUUGGAGACUUGGACCUGCGUCAAGAGCAGUGGGCCGCUACACAAGCCACUAAUUAUCUGGAAUUCAUGUCAGAUAUGGAUAUCGACCGUGAUCCUCGCACAAUUCGUAACUCUGGCCUUAUCUGUACACUAGGUCCUGCCUCAAGAGACAAAGACAUCAUCUCCCAAUUGAUUGAAAAUGGCAUGAACAUUGCAAGAUUGAACUUCUCCCAUGGAACACAUGAGUAUCAUGCAGAAACCAUCAACUUGGUCAGGAAGGCAGCAAUUGAAGAAUGGCCUCACGCUGUUGCCAUUGCACUGGACACCAAAGGACCAGAGAUCAGAACUGGACUGUUAAAAGGGGGAGGAAGCUCAGAGAUAUCUUUGCACAAAGAUGACUUACUGAAACUUACCACAGACAAAGCGUAUUAUGACCAAGGAGACGAGAAAACCAUCUACAUUGAUUAUGAGAAUAUCACAAAAGUGAUGAAGGAAGGAGGGAUCAUAUUCGUAGAUGAUGGCCUUAUUUCACUGAAAGUCAUGGAAAUUGGCGCAACCUAUCUGUUAACAAAGAUACUAAAUGACGCUAAACUGGGUAGCAAGAAAGGAGUUAACCUGCCAAAUGUUGAAGUUGAUUUGCCAGCAGUCUCUGAACAAGACAAAAAAGAUAUUCUUUUUGGUAUAGAACAAGAAGUGGACAUGAUAUUUGCUUCAUUCAUUCGUAAAGCUGAUGACAUCAAACAAAUACGGAAGCUUCUUGGACCAAAGGGACAGCCAAUCAAAAUCAUUGCCAAAAUAGAGAACCAUGAAGGUGUUCGCAAAUUUGAUGAGAUCAUGGAAGAAGCUGAUGGAAUCAUGGUAGCCAGAGGAGAUCUGGGCAUUGAAAUUCCUCCAGAGAAAGUGUUUUUGGCUCAGAAGAUGAUGAUAGGUCGGUGCAACAAGAAUGGAAAGCCAGUUAUAUGUGCUACACAGAUGUUGGAAAGCAUGAUUCAUAAUCCUCGUCCAACGCGUGCGGAAAGUUCAGAUGUAGCAAACGCCAUUAUUGAUGGAGCAGAUUGUGUCAUGCUCUCAGGUGAGACAGCUAAGGGACGUUAUCCAGUCAAAGCCAUUGCUAUGAUGCAUAAGAUUUGCCGUGAAGCAGAGGCAGCUAUUUUCCACAGACAGUUGUUUGAUGACCUGAGGCACGCAAUGAAGAGAGUGGCUGACACUCAUGAGGCUACCGCUCUUGCUGCCGUGGCGGCUUCAUUUACAGCUAAUGCCGCUUGCAUCAUCUGUCUUACGCACACGGGAAAGACUGCUGAAGUCGUUUCGCGAUUCCGGCCGCGUUGUCCAAUCAUAGUGGUGACACGUGACGCGCGCGUGGCUCGUCAGAUGCAUUUGAACCGUGGUUGCUUCCCUCUGAUAUACGACAAACCACCAAAAGACAACGUGCUGGAAGAACAUGAUGAGCGGCUGGACUUUGCGCUGGAUAUGGGCAAAAGGAUGGGCUUCAUGAAACUUGGAAACACGUUCGUGUUUGUAUCGGGUUGGAAGGCAGGCGCCGCGCACACCAACACCAUCCGUAUACUGACUGUUAUGGAGGAGAAGAUACACAUUGCCAAGAGCUUGUCAGAAUCUGCUGAUCUCCAAGGAAAAAUGAUCAAGUAAACUGCUGCCCGGGCUCAGGCUGUCGGUUGUGUGAAGCAAGAUUGCUGUUUUUACAGGAUGUUGGUUAACUUUAUAGUCAUGAUUUCACGUUUUAGGUCUUGGAACCGUUUUGAUUGUACGAACUGUGUGUGAUAUUUAAAUUUUUAUUAGACAAAGAAAUUGAACAUAAUUUCAUUUCCUUUACAACCAAGAGUAGCUCAAAUCCUUUUUUAACAACCAGAGCUGAGAAAGUUAUUUAUCUCCAAGAAAAACCUUUUUCAGUUUGGGAAAAUGAGAAUACUUAAAUUGUAGGCAUUUUAGAUGAAGAGAGUUUUUUUUAUACAAUUGUGCACUCCAAUGAGUAAAGGAAUUAUUAAGAUCCAGAGAUGAAGAACACACGAUUAGCCCCUGCCGAACAGGCGCUCGAGUAGCGAGAACACGCGCAAUAGUUAGAACGUGCGCGGUACAGACACGUGAGGAAGAAGAAAGAGAACCACUUCGCCGCGCGAACAGUUGUUCCAACUCGCGACCUGUUAUUACUCCAGCGCCUGUUACGCAGAUUGAUAUCACAUCCAACAAACUAGCCACACUGUUGAGAAUAACACUACGGGGUUAAACUAACACCGUGACAUCCCCGUUACGUCACAGUUUCAUAAUAUGCUCGUGCGGGAUUAUGCUUGUGGAACUUUAAUUCUGGUAAGAGUAGAUGGCUUAUAAACGGUAAAAAAAGACGUUUGGAAACGAGCUGCACAAAAAAAAAAACGACGUAGAGACUAAAGAAGAAUAUGGUGUUCAUCUGCACUUUCUGUGGCUAUUUAAAAUUGCACAAGCACAAUCAGAAAAUUAGUCUGCUUGGAGACUUCUGUAAUAAUAAGGAAAAGUUAGAGCUACGGGGAGAGGCUAUAAACGAAAUAUGUAUAUUUUUUUUGUCCGGGGGGGGGGUAUACCCAUAUAAGUAGAGGAUGGCGUUCUAAAAGGGAUUUAUGAUAUACAGUAUUUAGGGUAAUCUCAGUGCAUAUGAACUACAGUAAAGUGAUCAAACAUUUCGCGCGUUGAUAUGUGAUUUCGAAACUUUCUUGUUGAUGUACAUCUACAGAAACACAACAAAAUGAAAAUAAAAGAAAAAGAGAAUUAAGUUGAA